GGUUUUGAAGAAACUGGAGCUCGGAAGAGCAGAAAGGUCCUUGAGUCCGCGGCUCUCCUUUCCCUUCGAGGAAAUUUUCUAAGGAUUAGGCGCCCAGUUCCUUUUCUUCUCUGCCCAUAUCACCUUCCAUCUUUCCUCCAAAAGAGGCAGGACAUCCCAGGGCUAGGAAGAAGAGCUGCUGCUGGGCCCCUCCCCCGGGCGGGGACAACCCCUAGAAGAAGAAGAAGAAGCCGCCCCCGCCCCGCCACCCAGUCUAGUGACCAGCAGCCUCUGAGGCCUUUUCUUCCACUCUACGACUUCUUCUCUGCCCUGCCCGGUGCCCGGGCUCCCGUGACUGGCACAGGCGGGUGUGCGGGGCAUGGAGCGAUGAAGGCCAUGCAGGGAUAUUGUGGUUUCUUGGGUCUGCUAGUGUCCGCGCUGCUCGUCGGCUUCCUGGCUGUGCUCUUCACCCUGGUCUGGGUCGUUCAUUAUCGUGAAGGGCUCGGCUGGGACGGGGGCUCCCAGGAGUUUAACUGGCAUCCGGUGCUGACUGUCACCGGCUUCGUCUUCAUCCAGGGCCUCGCAAUUAUCGUCUACAGACUACCCUGGACCUGGAAAUGCAGCAAACUCCUGAUGAAAUUCAUCCAUGCUGGGCUAAAUACCAUUGCUCUGAUCCUUGCAAUUAUCUCGCUCGUUGCCGUUUUUGACUUCCAUAACACCAAGAACAUUCCUAAUAUGUACAGUCUGCACAGCUGGAUUGGACUGAUUGCUGUCAUAUUUUACACCUCACAGCUUCUCCUAGGUUUUUUAACAUUUCUGCUUCCUUGUACUCCCCCGGCUCUCCGAGCAUUUAUUAUGCCAAUCCAUGUUUAUUCUGGUCUGCUCAUCUUUGGAACAGUGAUUGCAGCAGUACUUACGGGAGUGACAGAGAAAUUGAUUUUUACCUUGAAAAACCCAGCAUAUAGUACAUUACCACCAGAAGGUAUUUUUGUCAAUACCCUUGGCAUUCUCAUUCUGGUGUUUGGUGCUGUCGUUUUCUGGAUAGUCACUAGGCCCCAGUGGAAGCGUCCCACAGAACCAAAUGCUAAACUUCUUCAGCCAAAUGGAAGUACUCCAGAGGGCACUGAUUAUUCCAUAACAGGAGACUUUGGCAAUGUGGACAAAUCUGAUGAGGACGGCGAAGCAGCAGCAAGAAAAAGAAACCUCAAACUUGAUGAGGUUGGACAGAGGUCAACCAUGUAAAGGGUUAUUUGUAUGCUAUCUUAUAAUCUCACUUUAAAACAUCUCCAGCUCAGUCAUAGCUAGAUAUAAAAAGCCUUUCUAUUCAGCUACAAAAACCAUUGAAUUUUAUACUCUCUUUACUCUCCCCAAAUGACUAAGUAGCAUUGUUAAAAAUAUCAUAUGUUGUGGUUGGGGGCCAGAACUGAUAUGAACUGAAAGAACAUGAUCAAUUUGGGUAGAAUCAUGUGAGCUAUCACAUGAUAACUUUCUUCUUUCUAAGAACCAAAGACUCAACCUUGUACCUUUUUGCCUCCCCCUUCUCUCUCCUCCCAGGGCUAAGAGAAGUGCCUUGCACAGAGCUUGCGCUCAGUUAAUUUCAUUGACUAGGAGCAUCCCUGCUCUUAAACUCUACCCUAGUGUCUGUCCUCUUCCACUUAUUCUCAGACCUUCUGAGCUCUGAUGCUACACAAGACUGAAAGAACUGUAUCAGAGGCUUCAAACUCAGACUUGGGUGGAUAGAAGGCAGGACCUGGAAGGAAGACCCAAGUUCCUAUCCAGCCUCUGACUCUUUACUAGCAGCGUACUCCAGACAAGCCACGUAACCUCAGACUGCCUCUGGUUUUUCAAUUUUAAAAUGGAGAUAAUGGUAAUACCUACCUCACCAAAUUGUUGUGAGGAUCAAAUGAGAUAAUAUGUAUAAAAUGCUUCAGUGCAAUACCUAGAACAUUAUGUGCUUAAUAAAUACUUGUCCCCCUCCCUUUCUCCUUUAAUAGUAAAAAUAUUAUAUGAACCUAAAGAGAAUUUAGGAAGACAAACUGGGUAAAUCAUGCCCAUCCAACUUGUAGGAGAAUGUCCUUGACUAGGUUCAGGUUGGACCUAAAAUAUGAGCCUGGGUUUUGGAGUCCUGGUGAGAUGACUCAGUCCCAGCAUCUGGUCCUUUUGACCUUUAUCCUUUUCUUAGUGCAGAGAACCCUCCUGCUUGGUCCCAGUGCCAACUCAGGGGUAAUGGUUAUUUUAAGCCAGACAUUCAAACCCAUCCCAGAAAAGGCCUAAAUGCUUGAGGAAUCUCCACAGUAACCCUUUGCCCUAGGUUUUCUUUAAUUUGGAAUUUGUUAUAUGGACUCAACUGUACUCAUCUCACCCCAGUCCUGACUGAGCCCCAGUGAUAUACUGGAAUUCAUUAGAAGAAACAGAAUAGAAGCAUUUGCCUCCUGGAUUUCUCUUCUGUGACUGAUUUCCAAAGAGCCAAUGGGUUGAACUAAGAGGUACCUCACUCAAUCCUUCUCUGUUCCCUUAAAGGUGAAAUGGGCUUUCAAAGCCAGAGCCAAGUGGAUGCUGGAUAGUUCCAUAUACUAUAAUUACAUUCCAUGUAAUGUUUCAUAUAAGUUCUACCUCUGGCUAUUUUCAUUCUUCUGGAUUUUAGCAUCUGGACAGAGUUGGGCAUGAUGAUCAGAAAGAAACCUAUAUAAUAAUAAACCAGAGCUAAUAAUUAGGUUUUCUAUCCUCUAUGUCCUAUGGAUUGUGAAUGAAUCUCCACAACUUUGUUUCUAAGACCUUAGAAGUAAAUUGGAUCUAGAAUUAGAGAUAAUUACUUAGUCUCUAGAAAUUUCAUUGUGUCCCCUAAGUUGGAACUUGGGAAUAGUGGAAAGCUUUAUUCCUACUAAAAGACUGGUUUGCUUCAUUUUUGCCCUCUCACAAAGCUUUUUAAGGACACAAAUAUUACAAAUGAACUUGCCUUUUUUUCUUUAUACUUAGUAGGAAAAUUGGUUCUUUAUUAGGUAGCCCCAAAUUGCUGAAACAGAUGAGAGACCAUCUACAUUUUAUCACAUUCUUCUGUAAGCUCCCAGCCUACUGAUUUGCCUAGUUACUCAAAUAUUUUUUAUGAUAAUGAAAUGUGCUAUUUUAUUCUUCCUUUGCCUUGUCAUCCCUAUUCCCUAUGGAUUUUUGUAGCAUUGUUAGAGUAGUAACUCCAUAUCAUGUCGGUUUUUGUGAAAUCAGAAAAUAAAUUUAGAGCAACCUAUGAAACUGAAUCUAGGUGCAAUAGAGAAAUUGAUUACAAGCUUGCUUGGAAAAAUACUCAUUUUCAUAGAUAAAGGCAUUGUUUCAAGUAUAUACAUACAUUAGGGGCUUAAGGGCAGCCCAUUUUGGAGGGGAUUGUCUGAAGUGGAGAUAUCGAACUCAAGGGCCAUACAGUAGGUCAACAGCACUCCAAAGUCUUGUCAGAAUCAGAUUAAAACAUAAUUGAAAAUAUUUAUCAAAAUAAAUAAAAAUACAAUAAAAAUCAUGUGAAUUUGUGAUUUUCUAAGUCAAUAUAUGACUGUAAGGAUCCAUUUCUAUUUGAAUUUGAGACCACUUAUUUUAAAGUACCAUUUCAAUAAAUUCCAUGACAAAAUUCAUUAAAAAUUGUGUAUUGAGUGAAGACUUCUUUCAGUUGGUUUUGGGGUUUUGGAUGCUGAGCCCUUAGCAUUAGAGAUUACUUUUUUUUAUUUUUACAGAGGAUAAAGAAAAUAGGUGUCAGAGUAAAGUUAAUUCUUGAUUUGUCAUUAGACUCUAUUACACCAUUACUAAUUAUUUGGGCCACCAUUUAUCCUAGCCCUUUAUUCAACCUUUCUUUUAAGCUAAUUUGAGGGUAAUCUUAAAAGACAUUAUAGAAGUGUCUCUUCCUUUUUACAUAGCCCCUAUAAAAACAAUCCAUAGUAAAAUAUGUCUAGAAAAUCGUUUUUGUCUUGGAUUCCUCUCUUAAUUGGCUUUUGUACUAGAGAUAAUUGUACCUUUAUCUUUCAAAAACUGAUAUUUCCCCCUAAAGGAUCUCACCUCACCACCAAAUAUUUCAGAAUAAAAUUUAAAAAUAGGGGGAAAGGAAAUCUUGAAUAUUCCAAAAAAGUGAUUGAAUCUACCCAAAAUAAUUAUAGCUUAUAUCAUCAGCAGAGAUGGUCUGGCUUGGCUCACCCCAUAAUCUAAUUCCAGGAGCUUUAUUUUAACACUUCUUUAAACCAACACCAAACCAAUUUCUAAAAGUGGUUUUGAUGAGAAAUUUAAAUGAAUAUACUUUUGAAUGAAUGUCAUCAAAUGUAAAUAUCUUCCUGCUUCAUAGAUCAAAAUGUACUCUAACCAUAUCAUUUUAUUUUCCGUAUUUGUAUGGCUUCCUUAAGUCAGAAUGUUUAGGAGAGUGACCUCAAAACCUGCAAAUAAGUGACAAAGAACUCAACUUUGCUUUUCAAGGGACAUACUACUAACAUGGUCUUAGUUGUCUAGAGUCCAAAGGACUCUAGGAAGAAAAAAAGGACUAAAAAGGAAGAAAAAAUGUACAUGUCAUUUUGUUUUAGGCCUUUUCUCAUCCUGAGCUUGAAAAUACAAGGGAAUAGAAUGGUGUCGACUCCCAAGACUCAAAAAGGAAGUAUGCUUUCCAUUGUCUGGUCAACCACAAUGGUCUCUACUCUAAAACUCCAAAAGAAAGAAACUUUAUGUCCAUUGUAAUCGUAAAAUGAUAGCAUUUUUUCCUUGGCAAUGACCUUUUAAAAUAGAAACAUAUAGUAUAAUGGUUAUGUUUAUCUAGGAAUCACAAGAAAGUACAGUAGAGUACAUAAAUAAUCAUUACUUAUCAUGUAUAUUGUACUUAAAAAUGAUGACAGUUGUUUUAAACUAAACAAAAGGUUUUCAUCUUGAAAGACUUCUUUUUAUCUCAAUAUGUUCAUGGGAGACUUUCAAAUGAUCUGAAUAUUCUAUUACUUGUAGAAAAAUGCAUCUAUUUUUCCUGACCUGUUUUUAUAUAACAAUAAAAGCUUCUUUUGAAGCUUU